GCCCAGCGCAGGCAUUAGCGCCCCCCGGUACAGGGCGCGGGCGCCCGGGCAUCCUCAGGCGCAGCGGCGGCUCCGGCUCCUCCCUCGGCGGUAGCGCGGAGCGGCUGCUGAGCCUGAGCCGGGCGGUGCGCUGCUGGGCAGCGCCAUGAAGCCGGCGGUGCUGGAAGUAAUGAGGAUGAACCGGGUGUGCAGGAUGGUCCUGGUCACUUCCGUGGGCUCCUUCAUCCUCGUCAUCUUCUAUUUCCAAAGUAUGUUGCUCCCAGUAAUGCGUAGAAAUCCAUUUGGGAUGGACAUUUGCUGCCGGAAAGGAUCCAGAAGCCCACUCCAGGAACUGUAUAAUCCCACCCAGUUGUCCAACACAGCCAUCCUCCAUCAGAUUAGACGAGACCAAGUGACAGAUACGUGCCGAGCAAAUAGCGUAUUGAGCAGGAAGCGCCGUGUGCUGACACCCAAUGAUCUCAAACACCUGGUGGUGGAUGAAGAUCAUGAAAUGAUCUAUUGCUACGUCCCUAAAGUGGCCUGCACAAACUGGAAGAGAGUCAUGAUGGUUUUGACGGGAAGAGGCAAAUACAGUGAUCCAAUGGAAAUCCCAGCCAACGAAGCCCACGUGUCCUCAAACCUGAAGACCCUCAACCAGUACAGCAUCCCAGAGAUCAACCACCGCUUGAAAAACUACAUGAAGUUUCUCUUUGUUCGUGAGCCUUUUGAGAGACUGGUGUCAGCCUACAGGAACAAGUUCACCCAGAAGUACAAUACUUCCUUCCACAAGCGCUACGGCACCAAAAUUGUGAGGCGCCAGAGGAAGAAUGCGACCCAGGAAGCUCUGCGUAAAGGAGACGAUGUGAAGUUCGAAGAGUUUGUGGCCUAUCUCAUUGACCCACACACCCAAAGAGAAGAGCCCUUCAACGAGCACUGGCAGACCGUGUACUCCCUCUGCCAUCCUUGCCACAUUCACUAUGACCUCAUAGGAAAAUACGAAACACUCGAAGAGGAUUCGAAUUACAUUCUUCAGCUUGCAGGAGUCAGCAACUACCUGAAGUUCCCCACCUAUGCAAAGUCAACGAGAACUACUGAUGAAAUGACCACAGAGUUCUUCCAGAACAUCAGCUCGGAGCACCAAACGCAGCUGUAUGAAGUCUACAAACUUGAUUUUUUAAUGUUCAAUUACUCAGUGCCAAGCUACCUGAAAUUGGAAUGAGGGACAGGUUGGGGGGAGAGAGGGUAGAGAAAGCCUGUUUUAUUUAAGAUUUUUAUUUGUCAUAAUAAAUAUGGAGAGUGGGUUAUUUUGUAAAUUAAUAUUUUUUUUUUUUUUUUUUUGAAUGAUGCUGCGAGCAGCACAGUCAAAUUUAUUUAAAUCAACUGUAAGAAAGGACAGCUCUCUUUGCAGGGUAACGGGAUUGUGACCAUCCAGCCAUAGAAAUGAAUAAUACUGCCUCGCUGUUGAAAAAAGCAUUAAUUGUGUUCCGGUGACUUUCAUUGAUCUUGCGUUCCUCAAAUCCUAAUUAAUAUUAUUUAUACUUAUUUAAAAUGUCUCUUGGGAGGUUUUCCUGUAGCAACAGAGGUGAGAUAACAUUUGGACAAAAGGAAUUUGUUUUUGUUCUGUCUUCGGUUGAGCUUUUCUCUGGAUAAUAAUAUUCUUCCUUUAGCCUUUCAUGCACGUAAAUACAGGAGUGGUUCUUAAUACCACACACCUUGAGAAUAAUGAUGGAAAUAAUUACUUUAGAAAGUGAUACUGCACUUAAACAUACUACAAAGCUGUCUUUCUAGUCUGAAAGGGGAAAAUAAAACCAAUUUUCAUAUAUACAUGAUCUCUAAACUGAUCUCUAAACCUCUGAUUACACAAAAUGUGAAUGUAGUCCUUAGGAAGAGAAACCAUGAGCUUUUUGUUAAAAAAAAAAAAAAUCUGGACUUAAUGGUUUAUCAAGAACACGAUGAGUCCCAUUGUCUCAUAGUUUGAAGGCUGCCCACUCAAAUGAAUGCAGAUUUGGCAGAUAGCUCCAUCUGAAAAAUCGGCACUUUGAAUGUGACCGUGAGGAUAUCUGAAUGCCAGAGCAACUGGUGCCCUUCACUUAAUUCAUAUCCAAGAUGGGGGAUUUGGGGAGCUCCAGCCUCUAGAAGUUGUGCCUCCUCCUUGAUCUUGAGAUGGGCAACUAGAAUUGAAUAACGUGCUCAGGAACCACCAGCCACGAUAUGUUGCUGGAAGGGAUGUGUGCACGUUAUUUUAAAAACCAGAAGGUUAUCUUUGUGUUGAUCUCUAAGCAUGCAGGGCAAUAAAAGAGGUCUCCAAGCUUCCGACAUGCUGGUUUCAUGGCUUUUUCCUAUGGGGAAAAGGGGAAUCUUUUUUUCAGUUGUCACUGAAUGUGACAGGGAUGCAUUGACAAGAAUGUUUCUAGUCUCCUGUUGAUCAAUAUUUCAUCUAAAUCAGGUCUAGUGUUAGAACAUGACCUUCUUAUCUAAGGCGAACAUCUCUGUGGUGGUUGUUUUGCUUGCUUUAAUGCAAUGCCAAUAAGAUGUGCAGCCCUGAGGGCAGUAGGAGCAGGGUUGGGAUCUGAUUUGGACACAACAUUUGUUUGGGACAGAAAGCAGAGGCUUUCUUCCAGUGACAUAGGCCAGCAUCACGCUGCUAGUCCUCAGGGCUGCAGCCCUUGUCCACAUCACCAGGCAAACUACAGCUCUCCAAAAGGCAAGGGACAGGUUUGAUUUUGCAAGGCUUUGUUGGCAGGGGGUUUUGUUCAGGGAACAAAAGAGAAGUGACUGGCACAGGCUUUAGUCGAGACAUUUGUGCGCAGCUAAAAUCUGCUCUAAGGUUGGUUGUUACAGUGGGGCUUUGCUCUGUCUGCAUGUCUGUCUUCUUUAAUCAGACCCAACACUCCCAAAAAGAAGAGCAGAUUUAGGUAAACUCAGCUGGAGCCAGAGCCUGGCAGGUGCAGUGUGCAGCAGCUGAUGGUGGCUGCUGAGUUACACAGCCCUCAGGACACCACGUAGCUGAAGAAGUGACACAGGGCUGUCUGCUUUUGCAAAACCAAGUCGCUGAGUACAUCUCAGUGAUGAAUGAAAGAACUAUUUUCUUAAUUGCCAUCUACUCCAUUUCAACAGAAUAUGAUCUAAAUCUUUUCGUUUAAGAAAAAAGUUACUUUAGAAAGUACACGUGUUAUAAGGAGGAGGUGCUGUUCCCCUUCUUAUCAUACUUGCUUUGCUCUCUGCACUACAUUUUUAUCUGUUCUUAAAUAUUCUCUUCGGCAUUCACCACUUUGGAGACACGGAGAAAACAACACCAUCUGGCCACUCUGAAAUCUGCAGGUGAAGAGGCCUGUUCAGGAGCUCCAAGGCUCCAGGCUGCCACUGUUGGUGCCAGCAUUGGUCACCCCACAAAGCUGGGUUACGGGCCCUGAAAUGGCCUCUGUGUGCCCAGGAGGUACUGAAAAACUUCAUGCUUUUUGAAACCCCCAGUCCCAAACUGCUACAGUCUGUCACUGUAACACAGUAGAUCUGCUCUGGGGUGCUCUGAUUUGGUUGGAGAUUCCUAUUUAGAUGAAGAGCUGGCACUCUGGGUAUGACUGCAUCCAGCCUGCUGAACACAAAGCCCUCAGCAGGUCAAAGGAGGACCACAGAUGUUAACAAAUUUAGCUUGGGUAGGUUUCUUUUUCAGACUACUGGGUGUGCUAUUCUGACUGAGCCAAAACUAGUCUCUUUUCCCCUGUCCCCAUGUAGGAGGAAGCUCGGGGCUAUACCUCCUUGUCACUGUGAGAUAGAGGCCACCUCCUACAGAGAAUAGCCUGGCACUGGGCUGUUUUCAACCCCUAUGUUCACUGGGUCUCCCAGCUGGAGGAGCAGAGGGUCUGAUCCUGAGUGCCACCUCCUUCUGGAGCUCAGUUUUGCUGUGUCCACAGCUGGUCCCAGGAGAUGAGCAGACAAAAUGCAAACCACAGAUGUAUGCAGGAGGUCCUAGGGACCAGCUAGGGAGAUGCUGUUUUGGAAGGAGGUACUGCCCAGGGAGGUGGUGCAGUCAUCAUCCCUGGAGGUGUUCCAGAACUGUGUGGAUGUGGCACUGAGGGAUGUGGUCAGUGGGCACAGUGAGGGUUGGCGAUUGGAUUAGGUGAUCUUAGAGGCCUUUUCCAACCUUAACAAUUCCAUGAUUCUGUGAUCAGUUGCAGUCAAGCAGUGGUAAACAAAGAGAGGAACCAGCAGGGACAGUCCCACCUCUGCCACCAGCUCCCUCAGAGCCUGGGCCAAGGAGCAGCCAUCCCACAGCCCCUUCCCUGGCACCGCUCACCCCAAACACCUUAACCUGGAGUCCACCUGAGUUCAGCCCAUCCAAACACAGCGGUGGCUCCAGGACAUGGAUCUCCCCCAAGCCUGACUUCUCCCAUCCUUCAGCCUCUUAAUUGUCACAGAAACUUGCAAACUGCCUGAACCACACGCUGCAUAAGACAAGUGAACUAAUUCACAAGCUGAAGUGCUUUUAGAAAUUAACCCCAGAUGUCUUAGGGUUUCACUGUAGUCUGCUGCACUUUUCAGGUACAAAAAGGGACUGUCCUUACUAUUACUCUUGUUACAGAGAGUGUUAUUUUCUUACAUGCAUGCACAAUACAAUGUGUACGAAUAAUUUAACAUCGAUGUGGGGUUGGAUUUUUUUUUUUUUUUACCUAUUUGUAUGCAGUAGAAGGCUUGUUGUAGAAAAGUAUCUCCUCAUACCUAAAUAUACUGUUAAUAAAGAAAAAAAAGCUAAAUUAUACAUUGCCAACACAAGUGUGAACUGCUCAUGAAUCUUUCCUUAAAAAGCCAUUCAAGCCUGAUUAUUUUUCUAAGUAACUUCAAUUAAAUUGAAGAAAGAAAAUU